GGAGUUUGUUCACAAAGCAUCCCAAGUCCACUUUUAUAUGAUAUCACCUGAUACAAAUUUAAGAGCUAGAUCUAGAUUCCAUAUAAUAUAGUUUUAAAUAGCAUUGUGCAGGCAAAAAGAAAAAUUUAAGAGCAAAACUUUCAAAAAAUAUUAUAAAGGUUAUUGGCCACACUCCUUUUACUGUUUUGAAAAUAUGAUGGCAUAGACGUAGGGUAACAAACACACGAACAAUGUCAUCACUUAGAAGCGGUCCUCAUGUGAUUGUUUGGCAUACUUUUAUUAAUGCUAGGGAUGAAGAUGACGAAUUCUUUCCAAAUUUUUGGUCAUUCUAUGGGAGGAGUUGGGAAUGAGGGUUGUGUCCUGUGCCACGGUAUUCGCGGCGAAAACACAUGUUUCCAGGGCCGCUCGCUAUACACUAACAGUACACGUUGAGUGACCUCGGCAGCCCGCCGGGAACUUCCACGGUAUGAAGUUACUGAUAAGACUUGCAUCUCGGCACAGACGCAGAACAGGAGUUGAUAUGUAUACCAUAAACUGCACACAUGAAUGACCAAUCCGAAAAGCACAGUACACAGCCAUCAUGUUUGGCCAACAGAUUUUCAUCCGCAUGGGUCAAGAAUUCCUUCAUUAUGUCUACUGAUUUGUCCCUUGUCAGCGUUGUGCUCUUCAUUGCUAUUGGAGCAUUGCUGUUUUGCAUACUGUUCCUCUUUGCAAAAAGGCAAAUUGUGAGAUUUGCUCUUAAAUCAGCUCGGAAACCACAUGUGAACAUUGGAUCGGAUGUUCCUAAGUUCUUGAGAGAAAAAAUACACCAUUGUCUGGAAAAGACUAAAAGCAUCUAUUUUGAACCAACAUUACUCUCUGAAGAAGUACAGAAUGCUGCUUGUUCUACUGAGAAUCACUACUACUAUCGGAUGAAAGCUUUGGAUGCUUUUUCAAAUGCAGUAACAACAUUGCAGUGGGGAGACUCAUCUGUGCCAAGACGAGAGGCAAAGCAAACUAUUCAGCUUUAUUUGUAUUGCCUGUGUCCAUCAGCAGCUGGCAGCAAGGAUGCUGUUUUUAUAGAAAAGUUUGCCCGUUUGUACAAGCAUGCCCGGCACAGUCCUGUUAUAUUUGGAGAGAAGGAAUUUAUAAGAUACAUGGAACUGCUGGAUAAAAUAAUAAGACUGAUCAAACUGGAUCAAAAGAGAAGAAGUAAGACCUUGAAGGCAGUCGACUUGGAAGUCCAGAUGAAAGGUUCUAAGGGAACAGAGACUGUUGUGCAUGAACAGAAAGGGGAAGCCAUUCCUCUGGAGGAUCUGCAUCAAAGAGGUAGAGCUGGGGUAAACCACGCUGAACCACUCACAAAUCGGGACAUUUCCAGUGGUUACAGCAGUACAGACAGGUCCAGUAGUGACCGCGGGAGUGCUGAGAGACUCAUUUCACAGGAGGAACGUAGAGUGUAGCAUCUGUGGAGGGAACUAUGCACUCACACUGGACCAAAGUCGUAAUGGUGUGUGUUUUAUUCUAGAUCUAAAGCUUUGUUUGAGAAGAUGUUCUGUUCUGAAGAAAGGUACUGUUCCCCUCUUUGUUUUAAGUCCAGAUUUUCCCAGUGCUAAAUACAGUAGAACACGGAUAGCUCGAAUUCGUCGGGAUUGGCCUCGGUAGUUAGAGAGAUUCAUAGUUUGAGGGAUAUCUUACAAAGAUAAAGAAGAAGAAAAAAACGGGACUGCAGGCAGAGUGCGAUUGAUGUGUGAUUUCGAGGCUUCAGUGCUCGACCUGUCUGUGUUAUACUGUUGGUACUUGGCAAUGGAUUACAGUCAGAGUAUGUGAUGAACAGCAGUUUAGUAGUAUGAACCUGAUACGCUCCUGCACUGUUUGUCACUUACGGGAACUGAUAUGUUCUGUUGGAAUUAACUGCCGGACAAGGGAGUCAUUGUAAAGUCACAUGGACGUCCCAUCAGAAGGGAUUCACAACUCUUUAAGUAGACACGUAAAUUUUAUACCAGCGUUAAUUGAUCAUCUUGCUAUUCGAAUAUUGACAUCUGAAUCUCUACUUUAAGAUGUGAAUUCUGAUUUGUGAUUGUGAUAUAUUUAAAACUCCACAGAGAUUACAUGUUGUUUCCAGAU